AUCAAAGGUCGUAGCUUUUCGCUGACAUUUUUAUCCGGAUGGGGAAAAAAUCCUGAUAAACUGUUGGAUUUUAGUUGUAAAAUUAGUUUGUAUGCUGUGCAUUUGUCCAGGAGAUACGAAGAUCUUGGACUCGAGUAAUUUUAAAUGUUGUUUGAUUCGAGUGUGUUUAGGUGAGAUUACCGUUGAUGUCCGAAUAGAGGCGCACAGCAAUUUAAAGGGCUUUGAAUUUGACUUCGGUAAAAAUGAAUAAAUAAAAAUCUCGGGAACAGAAAGCAUCGUGGAAACACGUUUCGGGUAUUGCUUAAGAGCAGCCUGCUGGUAGUUGGAGAUGAAGUCCAGGAGAGUCGGACCUCCAGACGGGGGGUACGGCUGGGUGGUGGUCGCUUCAGCCUUUUUCGCUAUGGGUCUCACCGGAGCUGUCCUCAAAAACUUCGGCCACUUCUUCCUGGAGAUCCAGAGUCACUUUGGAGUCCUGACCAGCACUACCUCAUGGGUUUCUUCCACAACUAUAGCUAUGUUUCAUAUAGGAGCUCCAGUAGCCAGUGCACUGACGUUACGGUUUUCUCAGAGAGUGGUGAUCAUAGUUGGAGGAGUUCUGUGUACUUUGGGGAUGUCUCUGGCCUCUCUGGACAUCAAUCUGCCUUGGCUCUAUCUCACUACGGGUGUCCUGCAAGGAACAGGCAUCUCAUUCUCAUGGGUUCCUGCUAUCAGCAUGGUGAAUCACUACUUUUCAAGAUGGCGCCCCAUUGCCUACGCCAUCGCCAGCUCAGGGGAGUGUGUCUUUGCCAUCGUUUUCAGCCCGUUAUUUAAGUGGCUCAUCGAGGUGUACGGCUGGCAGGGCGCGCUGCUCGUCAUCGGAGGCCUUCAGUUCAACCUGUGUGUUUGCGGUGCACUCAUGAGACCCCUGGAGGCAAAUCCAGCUUCACACCUGAACCUCAAAGAGAGCGCAGAGGACAGUGCUGCUGCGCUGCCACCAAAGAAGAAGGCAGUCUUUCAGUGCGGACUGCUGAAGAAACCCGAACUUCUUCUCUACAUCCUGUUUGCCAUCUUUGCAGCAGCCGGGUUUUUCAUCCCGACCCUCUUCCUGGUUCCCUUUGCCAACAGCUUGGGGAUCGAUAAGUACUGGCCAGCGUUCAUCCUGUCGGUCAUGGCCGUGGCCGACCUGGCCGGCAGGCUGUCUUGCGGCUGGCUGGCUAACAUGAGGCUUCUGAGGAACCUGCAGCUGCUCACCAUCGUUACGACGCUCCUGGGGGUCAUGCUGCUCCUGCUGCCCGUCAGUCACAACUACUGGUCCGUUCUGGUGUUCGCUGCGCUUUACGGCUUCCUGUUUGGCUGCGUAGUUUCCAUUCACGUCACCUCCAUCGUGGACGUUGUGAGCUUGGAGGGCUUUGACAGCGGACUGGGGCUCUUCAUGCUGUUCAGGAGCAUCGGAGGCUUCAUUGGUCCGCCUGCUGGAGGCUGGUUGGUGGACAAAGUGAACAACUUCAGCGCUGCCUUCUACCUCUCAGGCUUCUGCUUUAUUACAUCAGCUGUGUUUGUCCUCAUGGUCGACCACCUCCUCCAGAGGAGGAAAUCUGUGGAGGCCGCCGGCCGUCAGACGAUCCACUACGAGGGCGACGGCGAAACGGGUAAAAUCGAAGGACUCUUCGUUCCACAAGAAUCUGAACUUAAGCCCAGCGUGUGAAGACUGAGCGAUGCAGGACGAUGUGGCUUGGACUGAGUUAAACAAAUAUGUGUGACACAUGUAAUCUCCUCUUCCAGCUUGAUUACAGUCAAAACUUUGAUUUGGUUGUUUUAAAGCUUUUCUUCUUUUUUCCAUGAUUGCUGUUUUAGAGAAGAAGACAAUAUAGGAAAUGUUUAGGGAUGAAAUCCAUCACUACGGUAUGCUGCUAAAUUAGCCUAAACAUUGACACUACCACCAACAUGUUUUAAACAUGAUUAUACGGGAAUGUGCUGUUUUCUUUUUCUCAAGUAAAUAUGCAGUGAAAAGGUUUUUUUGUAUCUGAUCUUGAAUAAACUGAAGACAGUAAUUUACUGAGCAGCAGA